AUGUAUUCACAAUACGUCGGUCCUGUCGACAUUGCCAUCAAAGCUAUUUGCAAGAAUUAUACAUUUUCUGAAUUAUAUGAAAUAGCAGCACUAUGCAAUGUACUCCGAUGUAAUAUACGAAGUGUUUAUCCGAAAAUUGACUUUCAACAAUAUGUGGCGGUUUGGGAUAAUGUCUUUACGCCUGUUUCAUCUAUUAUUCCUAAUUGUAACAUUGUAAUUAUGUGGUCAAAUGCCUUAAAUGAAAAAAAUGCUCGAGAGACAAAUAAUGGCACAUGGAGUCCAAAUCAUUUUGUUCCUCUCAUUCUAACAGGUAUUCAUAACGAUUCUAACAAUGGUGAUCAAUCAACGUCGCUCGCGGUUAAUAAUACUGUUAGUCAAAUAAGAAUUCCUGAAUUUCAAUCUUCUCCCAGCAGACGUUUUCGAAGUGAAGACAGCGUCGAAAAUAACUUCACUCAACCAAUUAUCUCAGAUGCAAUUGACAAGGAAAAGAAUAACAAAAACGAGCAACGUCAAAAUCGACUUGAGAAAAAAAGAGAAGAAAGUCGAUCUCGUCGAAUGAAUGAAACAGAAGAACAGCGUCAGAUUCGACUCGACAAGGACAGAGAACGAAAUCGAUCUCGUCGAAUGAAUGAAACACAAGAACAGCGUCAGAUUCGACUCGAGAAGGACAGAGAACGAAAUCGAUCUCGUCGAACAAAUGAAUCAGAAGAACAACGUCAAAUUCGACUUGAGAAGAAAAGAGAACAGAGUGGAUCGGGUCGAAUGGAUGAAACACAAGAACAACGACAGAUUCAACUCGAAAAGGACAAAGAACGAAGUCGAUCUCGUCGAAGGAAUGAAACACAAGAACAGCAUCAGAUUCAACUCGAGAAGAACAAGGAACGAACUCAAUCUAGUCGAACAAAUGAAUCAGAAGAACAACGCCAAAUUCGACUUGAGAAGAAUAGGGAACGAACUCAAUCCAGUCGAAGAAGUGAAUCAGAAGUACAGCAUCAGAUUCGACUCGAGAAAAAUAGGGAACAGACUCAAUCCAGUCGAACAAAUGAAUUAGAAGGAAAGCGUCAGAUUCGACUCGAGCAACAAAGAAAACGAACUCAGACAAAUCGAUCUAAAAAGAAACUUGGAAAACAGAUGCAUGAAAACGUCGAUAUUGAACUAGGUAAUAUGCAGACCCAGUUCUCCAUUCGUCCGCCUUGGCCUGAAACAAUUCCUCGUGACUUGAAGGAAACUCGUUUACAACAAUUUUUAGAACAAAUGUCCAUGUCAGUACUGGCUGAAGCUACGUGUGCAGUUUGCAAUGUCCGUACUCCAGCAAAACACUCCAAGAAAAUAUCCAUCUCAAAAAUUCCUAACAUUCAUUUACUUAAAGUUUCAGAAGAACUCAAUGAUUUAAUUAUAAACAUUCAGUCAACAUCACUACAAAAUUCAAGAAGAGAUACAGAAAUGUUCACCAACAGUGAUAUAGAGACAACUGAACAUGAUACAAAUCCUUCAACUUUCGAUUCAGCGUCGUUUUAUUGUCAAAACAAUGUUAUUUUAUAUAAAAGUGGUUUGUUUCAACAAAAUAAAGUGGAUAUGUGUACUCUUUGUCAAAAAUGUCAUGGUGCUCUUUCGAAGGGAUCUAUUCCUAAGUUUUCAGCUGCCAAUAAUAUGUGGUUAGGUGAUAUACCUGCUGAAUUACAAGGAUUGACGAUUCCAGAACAAAAAUUAAUAUCACUUUAUCGUCACAAUAGCUGCAUAAUAAAACUCCAUUCGCCUUUUCAUUCAACUACAACUGUCCAAACUGCACUGAAAGGUAAUUGCAUUACCUUUGUUCAAAACGUACCAAAUAUCGUCAAUAGCUUGCCACUUACACUUGAUGAUCUAUGUGAUACACUUAAAGUGAUUUUUAUUGGAGCUCGACCUCCUGUUCGUAUUCAUCUUAAAAAAGUUCUAACAGUGCGCAAGAAGAAAAUUACUCAAGCAUUACACUGGUUAAAAAAAACAAUAUACUUUAUAAAGACGUCAACAUAA